UGGGCAGUGCAGGCAGAGGGAAUGCUAGAUCAGACAGGGGAUUCUAUGGAGGGAUAAGGCUGCCUGUUCUGUAACAGCAACUCAUCCUGAGCCUGGAGAACCGCUGAUCACUAUUGCAAUGCUGGGAACAUUUCCACCUAUGGUAGAAUGAACGAGAUCUCCCUGAUCUGCAUGUCAAGCGUGUGCUGGAGCUGAUGCAGGAUAGAUUAUAGUGGGGGGAUUGUGACUGGAAUGAGAAACAUAAUGUAUUUCGGUGGCACUUGCCAGAGUCCAGCCCUUUCUGCGCUGAUUCGUCCACCACUUCCAACUUUGCACCCGCCUUUGGAUAUUAAACAGUUCCUUCCGUUUGCUUGGGACAAUGCAGGGGCCAUCAAUCUCUUCCCAAACUUCACAGUGAGCCAGACUGCUGCCCACUACAAAGGCACUAAACAUGCUAAGAAGCUGAAAGCUCUGGAUUCCAUGAAAAAUAAGCAGAAAUCAUAUGCUUCUAAGGACAACACAAAGACCAUCUACAGUUCUACCCCUACUACUACCACCUUGAACUGCAAUCCCGAAAAAACAGAAUACUCUGCCAGCGUAAUGCCAGCGAUAUCAACCAGUACAACUGUUGAAAUUCGGAAAAUCAGUGUUAUGACAACAGAGACUGCUUCAAAGGUUGACAAGAAAAUCACUCUGGUCACAAGCAGCAGCAUAUGUCCUGGUGAAACAGAAGAGGAAAAAGCAAAGCGAUUACUAUACUGCUCACUAUGCAAGGUUGCCGUCAACUCUGCCUCACAGCUGGAGGCACAUAACAGUGGGACAAAGCACAAAACGAUGGUUGAGGCUCGAAAUGGAAGUGGUACCAUAAAAGCCUUUCCCCGAGCAGGAAUAAAAGGCAGAGUGCCUAUAAACAAGGGAAGCACAGGCCUGCAAAACAAAACAUUUCACUGUGAAAUAUGUGACGUUCAUGUCAACUCUGAAACACAGCUUAAACAGCACAUCAGUAGUAGAAGACACAAGGACAGAGCAGCUGGGAAGCCACCCAAACCGAAGUACAGCCCCUACAGUAAAAUUCAAAAGACAACUGCUCCUCUUGGGAUAAAAUUAGCAUUUACGAAACAACGACUAAAGCCAUUGAGUCCACGGAUACUACCCAAUCCACUGGCAGCUGCUGCGGCAGCUGCAGCUGUCGCUGUUAGCUCGCCAUUCAGCCUCAGAGCUGCACCAACGACAACCCUAUUUCAGACUCCAACACUUCCUCCAGCAUUUCUUCGACCUGCACCUGGGCCAAUACGGACCACCCACACACCUGUUUUGUUUGCCCCUUAUUGAACUUUAAACGGGCUCAUAGUACUGCAAUAAUGUUUUUUUUUCAAACAAAAAAAACAACAAAAAUGAAUGAACUAUGCAGUGUUUAUUUAUAGUUUGAUAAAUAUGUCAAGCCAGGACAUUUCAUAAAUGAAAAAAAUGAAUUUAAGGAAGAAAGACUGUAUUUUCUUAAAUGAAAUUUCAUUCCUUAAUGAGCAGCUUUUCUGUUGCCGUGACCUGUAGAUAACAGUCCAUUUCCUUGUCAAUGUCUUUCCUGCUUUCUUAUAACAACUUUCCAUUUUGUUAAGGGCAUUAUUAAAUUCUAAUGUACAUAAAAGGACUCAUUCUGUUGUGUAAAGAAGAAACACUGUGAAUAGCCAUCAUACCAAUCAUGCAAAGUCCCCAAUUAUUCAAUACUGUGGAUGUCUUGUAAAACAUUUGUGCUAUGCCUUCCCUACGUUAACGUUUUAACCAAGAAGGAAAGAGAAACAACAUGCUGUCUUACAAUCGUAAGCAUUUCACAGAAAAUAAUGAAAUAUUGUCGUUAAGAUAUUUGUGGUUAAAAAGUCCAUUUCUGUCCUCAAUAAGAAGUGUAUCGCAUCUUUUUUUAAAAAUCAAGGGGGGGGAUUAUUGUUCGUUCUAGUCUUAAAAAUACUGCUGUAUUAUGGAAUGUUUUAAAGUGGAUGAAAUACAGUAUGUAUGACGUGUGCCAUAUAUAAGAUAAUGUGCUGUUUAAAAUGUUUUAUGUACAUUA